CGGCCUCCGGGGGCGUCUGGUGGGUCUGGUGGGGAAGCAGGCGCGGGUGCAGAUCUCCGCACGCAGUCGCCCCUGCUCGGGCUCCGCGAUCCGGUUUGUGCGCGCACCCAGGGCGCGGAACUGGCAGAGGCCUCCAGCAAAGGCGUCCAGCUCCCGGCUGCCGCCUGCUGGCUCUCCGCUGAGCGCAAGGCCCCGAUGACCUCAUUGGUCCCUGCAUUACGUGAGGCAGAGCUUAGCAUUCACAGAUGGGGGGCCCCCUCCCCCAGCCACCGGGUGGCUGUCAGAAGCUGCGCCUGGGACUCCCGGCCCAAGGACCCGCGGGGAUGUACUCCCUCUACGAUGUUGGGCUUCCCUGAGCCUCCGAUUUCACAACUCUGAAAUGGGUGGGAUGCUAUGGAAUAUGAUGAGAAGCUGGCUCGCUUCCGGCAGGCCCACCUCAACCCCUUCAACAAACAGCCUGGACCAAAGCAUCAUGAACAGGAACCCAGUGAGAAGGCCCAAGAAAUCACUUCCGAAGAGACCCUGCCUGAGCUGCCGGCCGGGGAACCUGACUUCUGUUUCUCUGAGCGCGUGAUGGAUCUCGGCCUGUCUGAAGACCACUUCUCCCGCCCUGUGGGUCUCUUCCUGGCCUCUGACGUGGAGCAGCUGCGGCAGGCGAUAGAAGAAUGCAAGCAGGCGAUCCUGGAGCUGCCCGAGCAGUCGGAGAAGCAGAAGGAUGCCGUGGUUAGGCUGAUCCACCUCCGGUUGAAGCUGCAGGAGCUGAAGGAUCCCAAUGAGGAGGAGCCCAAUAUCCGGGUUCUCCUGGAGCACCGCUUCUACAAGGAGAAGAGCAAGAGUGUCAAGCAGACCUGCGAUAAGUGCAGCACCAUCAUCUGGGGCCUCAUCCAGACCUGGUACACCUGCACAGGGUGUUAUUAUCGGUGUCACAGCAAGUGCCUGAACCUCAUCUCCAAACCCUGUGUCAGCUCCAAGGUCAGCCACCAGGCUGAGUAUGAGCUGAACAUCUGUCCCGAGGCCGGGCUGGACAGCCAGGACUACCGCUGUGCGGAGUGCCGCGCCCCCAUCUCUCUGCGAGGCGUGCCCAGCGAGGCCCGGCAGUGUGACUACACUGGCCAGUACUACUGCAGCCACUGCCACUGGAACGACCUGGCCGUCAUCCCCGCACGAGUGGUGCACAACUGGGACUUUGAGCCACGCAAGGUGUCCCGCUGCAGCAUGCGCUACCUGGCGCUGAUGUUGUCUCGGCCGGUGCUCCGGCUCCGAGAGAUUAACCCUCUGCUGUUCAACUACGUGGAAGAGCUGGUGGAGAUCCGGAAGCUGCGCCAGGACAUCCUGCUCAUGAAGCCAUACUUCAUCACUUGCAAGGAGGCCAUGGAGGCACGGUUGCUGCUGCAGCAGCUCCAGGACCGACAGCAUUUUGUGGAGAAUGAUGAGAUGUACUCUAUCCAGGACCUCCUGGAGGUCCACUUGGGCCGGCUCAGCUGCUCGCUCACCGAGACCCACACGCUCUUCGCCAAGCACAUCAAGCUGGACUGUGAGCGGUGCCAAGCCAAGGGGUUCGUCUGUGAGCUCUGCAAAGAAGGUGACGUGCUGUUCCCGUUUGACAGCCAUACAUCAGUGUGCACCGACUGUUCAGCUGUCUUCCACAGGGACUGCUAUUAUGACAACUCGACCACGUGCCCCAAGUGUGCCCGGCUCAACCUGAGGAAGCAGUCACUGUUCCAGGAACCUGGUCUAGAUAUGGAUGCCUAGAACCCCAGAGGAGAGCGCCAGGCACUGUCUCUGCCUGUCACCCUGCUGGCAUUGCCAACCAGAUAUUCAUUCUACCCCGGAGACUCCUGAGUGCGUUCUCCGGACCUCUUCUGGGCCAGAAGGAAGUGACUAGUGGCCAUGGCACUCUCAGUUCCCGGGUGCUUGCUGAGACUUGGAGUGUCUAUACCUGGCUGUUUAUUGGGUUUGCUGCUAUAAAGGGACAAAAUGCUGCCUGUGCCCCACUGUAGGGCUCCUUAGGCGGGGGAGCCUGGGUGUGGCUCCCCGAGAGAGGGGGGAAGUCCCUUUCCUAUGGCACAGAGCCCUCCAGGACAUUACAAUGAAUUCUUCUGCGCCAUAGAGAUGGCCCUGGCCCUGUCUAGACCACCCUAACGACUGGUCGCCCACUUCAGAGGCCUGCCCAGUGAGACCAGAGGAUGCCGCCUGAGGUUUAGCUCUCCAUGGAUGACUUGGCUUCUGCGAAGAGGCUCCCAUCCCUCUUAGCACCUUGUCUCCUUGGGGGCCUCAGGUGUCCUCUGACUGGGGCUGUUCAUGACGGUGUCCCACAGAUCUUCCCAGCACCCCGAGGGUCAUCGCCACUGGUGUGUCAGUGCUGUGUUUCCCCCUUUUUGUACCAUCGGGAGGGAAGGGGAGGAGUCUGUGGGGCUUCUCUUGGAAGGUGCCCCUGUUUCUGCCAUAGCCUAGUCCACUUUAUCCUGGUGCUUUGAGCUGGGCAGCUAGGGGCCCAUCUGAAGGAAGACAUCUCAGCCUCCAGUUACAUACAUGGGGAAGUUCAAAGGCAGGUGAGCCUGUCAGCUAUCAUUGACCUAUGUGGCAUCGGGGGGACAGAUUUUCCCACAGAGGUCUGUUCUAUUGCUGAAGUGCUCUGCCUGCAGAUGGCCAGUGUCUUGAGUUUUGAUUUAGGAGCCUGGGGCCAAGAGCUAGAAAUAUUUGCUGGAGCAAGACCCAAGCAGGAGGUCUAUGGCCCAUGCAGAGAGGUCCAGGCUUCAAAGGUGGGUAGGACCCACAGGUGUCCAUGGAAGCACCUUCCACCUGUGUGCACACACCCCAUAAAUCCUAUGGUUGAAGGGGUGCGGGGUGGAGGGGAUCUCAAAACAUGACUUCUGUCUUUCUUCCCUGGGAAGCUGGAAGUUGCCUGCACUCCUCACCUGUGAACUGCUGUUGACACACGCAGGUGUCAGAGGCCAGGGAGUGUCACAAUUUGGAUUGCCCUCACUUUUAUGAGGCACAAGGAGGAACACCUUAACCAGCACGUUGAAGCUUUGCUGGCCUGUCUGAGGGAUGGACGGACAUGCCGCCACCUCCUUGCUCUGCUUUACCAUAGGGUGGCUUUACUCUUGGCUGUCUUUCCUGUUUCCGUUUUCCCAUAUGGAAAAUGAGAAAAGUGGAGUUGACCUACCUCGGGUGAGAGAGUCGAGACUCCUUUGGGUGUGAUGGGGUCAGCAAUUGGGUCCUGUCCUGCUUCCUCUUUGGCAUUAAAGAGGGUCUUAAAACCAAAUGCCAUUUUCCUACACCCCCAAAUCUGUGUGUUUUCUUACCAUUGUAUCACAUUCUGUCCUGUGGUUACUGGCCCUUCCUCAGCCUCCUGUGUAAUCAAUACCACACGCUUCCAACUAUAAAUCAUAGUGUCUAAAGAAAGCA